AUGGCGCCUCUCACUUAUGAUACCAACUACGAUGCCGGCGAAACGAUUGGGAAUGUACCCGGCCAAAGAUCCAAUGCUGAAAAUCACGAAUACUAUGCCAGAGGAUAUGGGACUAGGUACGUUCCACAAGGUAUCUCUGACGCUCCCACUGAGCUGCGAAAACAAGGUCGAACCCAUUUAGAUGGCAUAUCCAUUUAUUCACAAAAUUCUGUGCUCUCAUUCCCCCCAAUGUCGUACAAGAGUGUGUCGCUACAAGCGGAUUUAGUGAAGCGUAAUAAUCUCCACAACCGGUACCAAAUGCUGUUUGCAUGGCUCCUGAACUACAUUCUGUCCCUCUUUCUCCUACUCCGCUCGUCGAUUUGCUGCUGCUAA